UCGUCACCUUUAGGCUGUUCUUCCUCCACCUCCUCUUCCACCUCCUCUUCCACUUCCCCUUCCACCUCGUCUCCCACCUCCUUUUCCACUUCCUCUUCCACUUUCUCUCCCUCCACCUCUUCUUCUACCUUCUGCACCAAUUCCUCCUCUUCCUCAGAGGAAACAUACUGCGGAGCCCACCCCACGCUUCGACUGGGCUUGUGCACCGCGGUCGCAGCAGCCUCCAGCGUCGACUUGCGAACACGAGGGGGCGCCACACACAGGAGCAGAGACGCGGCGCUCGAGCGCUUGAGCGCUGACAUGACCAUAGAGAAGCAGAAGAAUCCUUCUGCUUCCUGUCGCCCUGCGCGUCGCCAUUCCAGGUGGGCACCUCGCGCUCUGGGGAGGUUCCGUCUCCGCCUCUCCCGAGGUUCGUCUCUUUACCCGGAAACAUCUGUCUUCGCCCCGCGCCCGUGCCGACACAGUGCAGAGCCCACAGUUGCCGCACAAAGAGUGACGCCCAGGGCCGGAGUCAUGGCGGCACCGUCGGAGAAACAAGGAGCCGGUCCGAGCUUGGUCACGGAACAAAACUCUGCGGUUUCCUCUCCGAUUCUAGAGGCCUCUCCGCCUGCCCCCGAGCCCUCCAGCCCCAACGCCGCAGCCUCCGAAGCGAUUCCUAGGCCUCCCGCGGCGGCCUCCGCGGCUCCGGAGCUACCCUUCGCGCCUCCGCCCCUGGGCUUGGCGUCGCCUGCCGAAGCCGCACCGCGCUCCCUGCCAGGCAUCGGCAAUCUCGGCCCCGAGACCUUCCGCCAGCGCUUCCGGCAGUUCCGCUACCACGAUGCGGCGGGCCCGCGCGAGGCAUUCCGGCAGCUGCGGGAGCUCUCCCGCCAGUGGCUGCGGCCCGACAUCCGCACCAAGGAGCAGAUCGUGGAGAUGCUGGUACAGGAGCAGCUUCUCGCCAUCUUGCCGGAGGCGGCGCGGGCCCGGCGGCAAAGCCGCCGCACUGAUGUGCGCAUCACCGGCUGAGCGACUGUACUGGGGGCGGCCCGACCCGGGAGCUCCCUGGGCUGGAGCCACGCUCAGGCCCGGGCGCCUGGCCCUGUCUUUCCAUCCCGCGUUAAUGAAAAACGAGUUUUGACAGUU